CAUUGGUCGGAUACAUUCUUAUCGGAAUACUAUUCGUAUCGUUGCCAAUAAAUAUGCUAGGCAAAACCACCGAUACUUACGAUAUUUUAGGUGGUCUUUCUCUCAAUAUAAAUGCGGUUAAGAAGACAGCACCGCGCGCACUACUAGUUGCAAUCAUUGGAAUCCUUGCUUCAAUAGGAGCAUGUACCAUAAUGAUGUACUUUGCUUUCAAAUUUAAAAUUAGCGAAUCUUUCUUAUCUGGAAUCGCGCUCUCUUCCACCUCAGUCGCAGUUGCAAUAACUAUAAUGGUUCAACAUCAGAUGCUCUCGUCCCCAGUUGGCUAUCUAAUCAUCACAGCGGCUUUAUUUGAUGAUAUCAUUUGCCUGAUCCUUCUUUCUACAGUAACUCAAAUAUUUGGAUCUGGCAUCGACUUCUGGAGUGUUUUCCGUCCAAUAAUCGCGUCAUUCGGGAUAAUAAUUGUGGGAAUUGGUCUAUGUUUUGGAAUUGUAUUAUUAAACAAUUGGGUUUAUAUGAAAAUUUCCCAAAAAGAUGAGAAUGAUAAAAAGGAAAAACUUUAUCAUUAUGGACUUUUGUUAUUUAUGUUAAUCUACGGAGGCAUAUUAAGCUUUGCUGCUGAUUUUGCAGGGAGUUCUAGGUUACUAGGCGCGUUUAUGGCGGGUCUGGCCUUCUCAGCUAUUGAAGAUGCUCUAUUAAUAUGGGAGAACAAAGUACUAAUCAUCCAGAAAUGCCUAAUGACAAUUUUUUUUGCUUCUAUUGGUUUUAUUAUUCUUGCUCAAGAAUUAUUUCAAUUGGAAAUCCUCCUUAAAGGUACUCUAUAUUCAUUAGUCGCAGCAUUUGGAAAAUUGGUCACAGGUUUUUUUCACAUCUCCACAUCCAAAUCUGAGAAAUUAGUUGUUAGCUUCGCGAUGGUAGCUCGUGGUGAGUUGGGACUAGUAUUGAUUUUGCAGUCUUUUGAAACUGGUCUUAUGGCACGAGAUUCAUUUGCGAUCACAUGCUGGGCCAUUGUCAUUUGCACACUUUUUGGGGCAAUUGCAUUGCAAUUUAUGGUUAAUCAGCAACAUAAACAAAAAGAAAACGAAAGUGAUAUCCAUUAG